GCUAACGAGGGCUAACAGGUUGAAAGCUAGCUAUAAAAACAAGCCAAAAAUCAGCAAAAUUAUUUUCGUCAUUUUUUAUUGCUUUGUUCUUCGAUUAAACAUCAUAUUUGGUCUUAUAUUCUUCUAAUAAUUAGCUAAAUGUAACGUAUAUAAUUAUUUAUUUUUAUUAUUUAGGCUGUAUUUAAUUUUUUUUAAUUGAAUAUUUUAUUAAUUAUUUAUCUGUAAUUGAUUGUCAUUUAUAGUCAAUAUUAGUGUUAUUAAACCUCGUAGUUUUCCGUAAAGAGGCAUUCAUUCAUGGAAGGAGUCUCCAGUGUCAGCGCUUGGUAACGCUCAGAAGUAAAGCGGUCAAUACAAUUUUUCUCGACAUCUCCAGGACGGAGGAGUUCGUCUCAUUAACUCGGAAAAAAGAGCGCGUUUAUAGGUGCUAUAACGAAGGGGAGAAUCGUUUCACGGACUUUACGUUGUGAACGUAACUCUAAACGGAUAAAUAGUACAGCGGCAAAUCGCUGUUAUUAAAGAGGAUUGAAAGCGUGACGGAACGCCGCUUCAUCACACCAAAACAUCGUUGAUGGUUUUCCUAAUACGGGACGUUCUGGAGUGUUUUAUUGCUUUCUUAAUGUCUGUAAAGAAAAAUAAUAAUUUACUUAGCACCAAAAAUGUUGGUUUGGAAUUUUUUUUUUUUAAAUGAAAAAUGUGACGAUACCCGAAAAAAAGUGUAUCGUGACAUAAAUUAUCGCGAUAUCGAUAUUAUAUCGGCGUAUUGCUCAGCCCAACAGCGGUGCAUUAUGGGAUGCGGUAGGCUAGAUUUGUAGCUCCAGUGUCUUGCUGGGAAAUUCAGCCAGUUCUUAGCUUGUGCCGAUUUAAUUCAUGAGUAAAUUCAUGAUUUCCGGUUCUUCUUGGUUAGUAAACAUGCCGGGCGCUUUAGACGUGUCUUCCAGCUUUUGUGUUAUUUUCUACAAAGUGAUCUCAUACGCAGCCGUUCAGGAAAUGAGCCAGAUCGACUUCGCCGUCACGGCCGAUGCAAGCCGCAUGCAGUACGAGCUGGACUACACCGAGGGCAUCAGCCAGCAGAUGAGGAUCCCCGACAGGCUGAAAGUCGGACCGGGCUCGUCGAUAGACCCGCCUCCACAGUUCCCCGAGGAAUCCCACAGCGCCAUGAUGCAAGUUCCGGAGAGGAUCGUAGUGGCAGGGGAUGAAGCCGAUCUUCACUUCAGCAGGCCACGAGAGUUGGAUCUGAUCCAAUCCAUCCCAGUGGAGAGCGUGGAGCUGAAGGCUCCUCCGCACGUCCUCACGCUGCAAGACCAGCCUCUGGACUUCUUGGAGCCGGAGCAGCAUCCGGAACCCUCUCAGCUGAAAGGAGAGAUUCGCCCCCACACAAGAUCUCGGCGUGAACAUCGGUCCGGCGAGUCUUCCGGAGCGCGUCACAACGGCCAGAUUGUCAAAUACGAUGCCGUGAGCCCGUCUCCCAGCGCUCCGGUCCGUGUUUGUCCCCCUCUCGUGUCCCCCGAGGACUGGCCAAGCGUGGGAACGGUGGGCGGAGUCCUCUCCUACAUCCAGCUCACCACGCGCCGGGCCUACGAGCACGUCCUGGCCAUGGUGGACGACUCGCACCGCAGGACCGCACUUGUGACUCUGGAUGCCAGUUUGGAAGCUGCUCCUGAGGACCUGAAGUUAGCCGACGCCCCAGCACUAAGACGGCAGAUUGUGAAGCUGAACCGUAGACUCCAGGUGCUGGAGCAUGAGAAUAAAGAGCGAGCGAGGCGGGAGAUGGUGGUGUACUCCCUCACCGUCGCUUUCUGGCUGGUGAACGCGUGGAUGUGGGUACGCCGCUGAGCGCUGGAGCCAUCGCCUCAUCAUCUCAGGCUGCAUUCACUCAGACUCUCAGAUCUCCGAUUUUGUACAUAUCUACAUCCGUUAUCGCUCAGAUAUUCUUCCUAAAGUCUAAACUCGGACCUGAUGCCAAAAUUAGCUAGAUUAAAAAAAUGAACUAUUAUUUCAGAUAAUAUAGUUUGAGUCAAAAAUAAUAAUAAAUCAGAGGGUGCCAAUAGUUUCAAGUAAACAGAACUAUACUGAUAUGACCGUCAGUUUCUCAAACUUGUAUAUAAACUGUGUUCAUGUACAAUUUAAAAAAAAAUCUGUUCCUGUAGGCGAUAACGUGUUCAGUGUUCAUGGCUACGACAUUAAGUAAGCAGUAAAUCACUUCAGGACGUGUUUGUUUUUCUGUAACAAUCAGUGUGUUUUAUUCCUCUUGUACCGCAGCAAUUUAACAAUGAUUACAUUUAUUCAUUUAUUAAAUAACGACACUCGUUUCUAUCCAUUUAUAGUUACGUUUAAUGUUGUGGAAAUGUCCGUGAAGCAAGUUGCUUCCCGUUCGCACUUACAUUACAGCAGCUGUAAACAGUCGCUCCCUCAGAAAGCUGGAAG